AUGUCGACAAUCAGUCAAAUUGAGCAGCCGACUUUUGCGAAACUCGAACUUCGUACUGCUUAUGGCCCGGUCUUUCGCGACGUCUUAACAAGCCCACCGCGUGAAAGUCGAGUGGACGAGAUACCGUUGAUUGAUAUCAGUCCGAUAUACGGUGACCUCGAGGCUCGAAAAGCGUUGGCUCAAAAAAUCAGGUUUGCAGCAGAGAACACCGGGUUCUUCUAUAUCCAAAACCACGGCAUUCCAGAAGCUGUGAUCGACGCGGCCUUGGACGCUUCAAAGGCCUUCUUCGCGCAAUCCGAAGAUAAGAAGAUGCUGGUCUCGAAAUCCAAGGGAAAAUGGUACAACGGAUAUCAUGCGAAAAACACUGGUAUGGCGAGCCCGACGGAAGGAUUGGACCAUCGAGAAGCCUUCGGCUGGCGUUAUGAGCCCCAAUAUGAUCCAGAUCCUAAAGAUCCAAAUAGCGUCCCGCCAGAAGUUUGGCCGUACAUUCGGGGAGAAAAUUAUGUAUGGGAAGGGACAGAGCACUUGCCGGGGUUCAAAGAUGCUUGCAUCACUUACUGGCAAGAGUGCUUAAAGCUCAGCCGCAGACUCGUCCGGAUUUUUGCUCUCUGCCUCGAUCUUCCCGAAGACUAUUUCGAUUCUGUAACAACGUAUCCAGGUAGUGAUGGUGUCUUCAAUUAUUACCCCGCCAUGUCAGCAGAAGCGGCGGCAAAUAGUCAAGAUAUCGGCCUGGGCUCACAUACCGAUCUUCAAUGUUUCACAUUGCUGUGGCAAGAUAUGAGUGGUGGACUCCAGGUGCUUAAUAGCGACGGGCAGUGGAUCAAAGCCUCGCCAAUCCAAGGCACAUUUGUGGUGAACAUUGGCGAUUAUUUGAUGCGCUUGACGAAUGAUCAAUUCCAGUCGACUGUGCACAGAGUAUACAAUCGUUCCACCAUUGACAGGUACUCGAUGCCUUUCUUCUUCGGUUUCAAUUUUAACGAAACAUGCGGCGUCCUUCCUAGCUGCACCGAUGAAAACAAUCCACCAAAGUACGAGCCAAUUUCUUGCGGAGAGUGGUGUCAGUUGAGGUUUCAGCAGACUGAUGUAGGUUCCAAGGUGGCCGUCCAUUAG